UCUCGCAAUGCAUGCUGGGUGUUCAACCAACCGGCGUGCCUGACCCGAAAAUUAUCAAAGUGGCCGGAGCGCACAGCAAAAGUUUUGUGGCUAUUUCCAUACCUUUUGAUGAAAAUCCGACAAAAAUUUCGAAAGGAAAGAAGCGCCGGUGUGAUUUUGUGUAUUGAGCUCUGUCGGAUUUGCUGUCCAUCAAGAAGAGAAAACUGUUGCUUUAGUAGAGGUUUACAAGAGUCUACAGCAAGUGAGUGAGGCAGUUCCACCUUUGAUCAUGGCAGACCAGCUGCAACAGCAGGAGUUCUUUAAUGGAAAUGCUGAGAUGUACAUGCAGACUAGCCAACCUGGUUUAGUGCCUUCCAUGACUCAGCCUGUUAACAAGGCAGCUGGAAAUGUUGAGAUGCAAGUGAACGAGGUGCUGAUAGUUCCUGAGACUUUCAUACCGUUGGGCGACGGAGAUGGCAAUGCAGAGGCAAACUUCAAGGCCAAAUCAAUGUCUCCCCCUGUGUUGGAAGAGAUGUCUGAAGUAGCUGGAGCAAACGAGGAAGUAAAUGAGGAAGCCCCAGUAAUAGAGGCUGAAGAAACAGUGAAGCCCCGAAGAGGUAGAAAUUCAAAGGUUAACGUAGCUGAAGUAGGCGAGGCAGAGGAGAGCCCUAAGAAAGGUCGUGGAAGGGGGAAAAAUGUGUCUGUUAAAACUGAAGAAAAAAUUCCAGAGAGGUCCCCUAGAGGUAGAGCAGCAAAACAAGUUAAAGAAGUUAAUGAUGCAGAGGAAGAAGAGGAAGAAGAUGAUGAGGACGAGUUAGUGGAAACGAAAACACCUGGAAAGAGGGGAAGGCCUAAGAAGGCUGCUGAAGACACUCCUGGGAAAGGUAGGGGCAGAGGAAGGCCAAAGAAAGAAGAAACUCCUAAACAGGGUAGGGGAAGAGCCAAGAAAGGAGUUGAGGAAGGUGAAUAUGAGGAAUUGGUGGAUGAAGAAAUUGAGGAGGAGGAGAAGGAAGUAAUUCCUAAAAGAGGUAGAGGACGUUCUCCACGGGCCACUGCAACAUUAACAGUGGAAGAAGGAAGUCCACUAAAGGGGAGGAAACGAGUCAUGGAAAUGGAACUUGAUACACCAUCGAAAAAGAAGAAAGAUGGUGUUGUGACCGUAGAAAUAAAAGCAGAAGAACCUGAAGAAGAAGAAAUUGAUUAUGAAGAGGAAGAAUUUGAAGAAGAAUUUGAAGAGGAUGAUGAUCUAGAGGACGAGAGUCCUUUGAUAUAUAGGAAGGAUACUAGCAGAAGUGUUCGUGCUGGGGACCCCUACAGCUUUGGUGAAGAAGAGGUCCAGCCGUCAACCUCUGUGACUGGUGGUACUACUACUAUUCAGCUGCAGCCUGUGGAUCCUACAUCCCCUGUUCCCCAGAUGAAAACAUUCUCCACCCAAACACCCAUCGAGGAGCCAGAAGUUGAAAACUUUGUGGAGGUGGUCACAUUUAUUGAGGUGCCUGGAAAACGGACCGUCAUGACGCAGACUGAUCCAAGGCUGAAAAAGAAGAAAUUUGGUCCUUUGGGGGAAGAUGAAGAAUAUGAUUUUGAAGAGUACAAGCGGAGAAGGAUGUUCAAAGAUGAUGGUCCUGGCCUUUUUGAGGACGUUGAGAGCAGAAGGAGGUCUUUAAAGCGGAAUGCGGAAGAGGCAUUGAAAUGUCCAUUCUGUGACAAAGCAUUUAUCGGGCUUGUGAAGCACAUCAAAACUAAGCAUAGCGACGAGCCUGAUUUUGAAGAAGAGAUAAGAAAUGCCAAGUGGAGGGAGAGGAUCAUGAAGGUGUCCACAACGGGGGAGUCUGAGGAGGGAGACCCCUGCCCAGAGUGUGGCAAGGUGUCCAAGAACCUUAAGAGGCACAUGGAGCUGCACCAGCAGAACCGCAUGCAGAUCCCGUGUCCAAUCUGCGGAAAGGUGGUGCUCAAGACCGGCAUGAGCUCACACAUGCGUACGGUGCAUUCUGGCCGCAGGCCGUACAAGUGUCCCCACUGCGACUACUCCUCCGCAUUCCGCGGCAACCUGAACACCCACAUCAAGGGAAUGCACCUUCACACCCGCCAAUACCUGUGCAACACCUGCAAGGCCGCUUUCAAGACCCUUGGAGCCCUGAUUGGCCACACUAAGCGUGUCCACGAGGGCUGGAAAUCUCCCAAUCAGAAGAUCUUUAUUUGCUCUGUGUGUGAGAAGAGAUUCACAAAGAAAUACCAUGUGGACAGGCACAUGUUGAUCCAUACAGGAGAGAAACCACAUAAAUGCCAUGACUGCGGUCGCUGCUUCAACAACAAGUCCAACCUGAUGUCGCACAUCCAGCUGGUGCACAAGAAGCUGAGCCCGUACCAGUGUGACAUGUGUCAGGAGACCUUUAAGAGGAAGAAGAUCCUGCUUGAGCACAUCGGCAAGGUGCACGUGUCGGCCGGCGAAACUGCGCAGGCUAUCAUACGCAAGUACGAGGAGGAGUAUGAUGAGGAUGAAGAUGAAGAGGGCUACCUGAAGCAGGAGAUGGACGAGGAGGAGGAGGAGGAGGGGGAGGAAGGGCUUGAACACAUCCAGGGGGAGGACGGGCAGACAUAUGUACAGGUGUCCGAGGGGCAGUACGCAGCCAUGGUGGGACAGGACGGCCACUACCAGGCCCUACAGGGGCAGGGCGGCCAGGAGACCAUCAUUAUUGUCCAGACCAAUGAUGCCAACGAGGUGGCGCAGGCUAUCGUCGAUCAGGCUGGAACCGUGCAGUUCACCGUGCAAGAUGGGCAGGCCACUCUACAACAGGUGUAGCGAGGCAGAGACGUAAUACGUACUCCAGGGGCGCUUGAGCUGGGAGCAAUUAAACAAGCUAGACAGAUAUGACCUUGAUGAGUAUCGUUAUCUGGUGAUUUGUAGUAUACACACCAUCCUUGUAUGAUUGAUUGUAAAAUUAUGGGUUUGUUAUUAGACAGAUGUAAAUGAAUUGGAUAAAAUAACAAUUAAGAAUGUAAAUAUUCAUCAUGUUUAAUAAACUUUUUUAUCUUUAUGCUUAUGAUUGUAUUUGUGUGUAUGAAAGUAAUCAAUAUUUAGUUGCCUUUGUAAGAAAUUGCUAGUUGCUUAUUUGUUAUUGAAUCAAUUUUAGAUUUUCAAAAUGUAUUCGUUGAAAUUUUCUUUUAUACAUCCAUGCAAAAAGGAAUCACUAUGAUUUAUUUUGUAUUCUAAAGUUAUAUACAAAAAUUAAUGUAUGGUGCACAACAAUUAGGUACAUUUAGAUGUUUUGUUAUGAUUUAAUACUGCUUAAGGGAAAUGGAAAAAUAUACUGUUAAAAUAUGCGUUUGUGUAAAGUGUUUUGAAUGUUUCUUUUUUGUUGUUGUUAAAACUUGUAAUAUUUUGUAAUUUUGAACACAAGUGUUGAAUGUUGAACAAGAUUUAAGCAAUACGCUUCAUUUCUAUUACAACUACACAUUAAGCUCAACUGAGCAUAAAUUGGUCGCGCUAUGUCUGAUGUCUAAUGGCUUUUGCAACCAGCAUAAAACCAGAACAGCCUGCAAGAAACUCGCAGUCUGUUCUGGUUUUAUGCUGUUUGCUGCUCAUCAGUAUUAAGGGUUGGAAGUGAAGCUUUUAAAAUUUGAAUCUAAUAAGAAAGGUCUUUUAAUUAAAUUUUAUUAGUGGCUACACAGGUGUGAAAAUACAAAUCUAAGUGGUAAAUAGGCUACAUUUUUCAUCCUCUGUUGUUGAGACUUUGUCAGAAUAUUUAUCGUUACAAUAUCCACGCUUGUCAUGCUGAUACUUUGAUGGCACAUAACAGAGAAUAACAAACACCAUGCAUAUAUAUAUAAAUUUCUUAAAUAUAUUGUAUUGAUGUCCUUUAUAUUAGUUUUUGAGACAUGGUACUUGUACAUGUAGGAGUUGAUAAAUGAUAUAUCCUGUAGUAUUGUGAAGAAAGAAUUUCAAUGAAGAAUAGUAGAUUUUGCCAAAAAAUUAGAAAAUUCCACAGACAAACAGCAUACACUGGAUGAUCAGUAAACCGUUUUUUCACAGAUUUAUUUCUUUGCAGUACAAAUUUUGUACCAUUUAUCAACAUUAAAAGUGACAUAUUUUUCAUCCAAUCUUGUUGAAACAUGAUAAUAAUGUUUAUCAGUACAAUUCUUGACUGAGUUUUAAUCUCGGUCAUAUGUGUUCACAAAGGUCAAAUCUAAGAGAAAACUUUACCACAGUUAUGACUCAAUCUUGUUGAAACUUUGUCAAAAUGUUAAUCGAUACACAAUUUAAAGGCAAAGUUUUAAUCUGGGUCAUGUAUAACCUAAAAUAAAGUCACUAGGUCCAAUCUUUGAAAACCCUUAUUAUAUCUCUAGAGGCCACAUUAAUGAUUCAAAGUUGAUAAAACUAAGGUUGAAAGCUUAUUUUGAAUACAUCUAGGUCAAGUUGAAAUGUGGUCUAUGUUGUCAAAAACUAGAUUACUAGGAUAAAUCUUAGAAAAACCUUGUCGCUGUAGAGGCUACAUUUAGUACUAAAUGGUAAAAAUGUAUAUAUUGACAAUAAGUUUAAAUAUGGGUAAUGUUCAUUGAAAAACCAGGUCACAAGGUCAAAUGUUAGAAAAAUUGUUUACACUCUUGAGACCGUAUGUAUGACUCAAUUUGAUGAAACAUGGUUCAGGUGCAUAUUUUGACAAUAGGUAGGCUAGCCAUGUCAAAUCUUAAACAAAAAAAGCUUGUUACAUCACUGUAAACCACCUUAAUGACUCAGUAUUGAAACUUUUUCAAAAUGUUUAUUUUUACAAUAUCUAUUUCGAAUCUGAUCACGUAGGUAAAAAACAGGUUAAGUUGUCAAAAAUUGAUGUACUUUGAGCUCAGGUGAGUGCUUUUGUGCCAUUAUGGCCCUCUUGUUAUUGAAGCUAUAGUGUUUAUUAUUGUGUGUAUUUUUUGUGCAUGGAUUCUAUUUUUGCAUUUAUAACUACUGUGUUUUGAUUUGUUUGGAAGUAUGUUAUGUACUGCGAAUUUCUGCUUUUGUAAAUGAUCCUUUCUGUAUACUUUUAGCCUUAAUACUUUUGAAAUAUUUACAUGGAAGUGAAUGAUGGCAACAUUAUUUGUGCGCCAAUUUGUUCAGCAAUACAUGCUUAGAUUAUGGUUCAAACUAUUUUUCGCAAGUACCUUGUUUUAUUUUAAAAUGAUAAACUUUGCAAUUCAAAUUUCUGAACAUGCUGUGUAAUUUGACAAACAGCAAUGAAUUUUUAGGCUGUUUUAAUAUUAGAUUCCUAGGUCACAUCCUGUACAUGUACUGGAGCUUAUAUAUUAAUAUUGGAAUAUUACCUUGCCGUGUUUAGAAAUAAAGAUCUGAAUAUGUUUGGUGCUCUUUAUACAUUCCUACUGCUCAUGGAGAGCUAUUGUGGUUUCCUUCUGUCUGCAAUCAUCAACAUUAACCUUAUUAACGCUUUACUGUCCUCAUUUAUUGAUGUCACUGAUGUCAUAACCUUAUGUUUACUUAUGUCAUAAACUUGUAAUACAAGUCUUGUAUUGAGAUCAGACUGUGCAUAAUUUAGUCACAAAUUUUAAAUGAUCUAUGAAGUUCAGAGAUUUAUUUGGCCUCAUAUUUUACAGCCUUUGCCUUUUGGAUUGUGAAAAAUAGCAGGAUAAACCAUGCAUUUUGUCGCAAAAUGAAACAUCAUAAAUAUGAUAAUAAACAACAGUAUUCCAAUUUUUAAUUAGUGAAUGUUUAGCUCAAUUUUCAAAUUAAUGUUAUUACGUGUUACAGAACUAUAUCCCUGUCAAAUAAACUCAAUAAACCAAUAAUUUUUUGGAAAAGUUUUGCAUCUUUUUGGGGAAGUUUUGGUCAGAUUUUGGGGGGAAAGUUACUUUUUGCCAUUGGGAAGCAACCUGUAUAAGGCCGUUCAGUUAACGGAAGUUAAUUAAGAAUGUGAUAUUUUAUUUAAAUGCCGAUAAGGAUGCGUUUUGUUUCUUUGUGAUGUUUUAAUUGUGAAGUAUUAAAUUGAAUAGUAAGCAAUAAAAAAUCAUUUUAUGAAAAACAUGAACUAUUUUAAAGCUAAAGAGAUGUUAAACAGGAAGCAUUUCUAUUAAAGUUUGAAGUAUAGAAUGUUUGCAGGACCUGAAGUGCAUUGUUGAUAGACCUCGUAUUAAACUAUGUUAUUGCACAACUUUGACCAAAGUAAAAACUACUUUUGCAAUACUCACACUUGCGUACACUUUUUAAAAAGGAAAUUCAAUAGUAUUUAUAUAGGCACUGAACAGUUUAUUGUAUUAUCAUUAAUUUAACAGGUUUUACUAGUGAUAAACCUCCAAUAAAAGUAAUUGGUAUGCAAGAUUUCAAACUGCCUUAAUAGCAAAAAAUAUAAAGGGGAAAGAAGUUUAAAACAUCUAUGCUCCUCCAUCAAAGGUGGCACUAUGUUUAGGUUUGCUAAUGUUGGCCUGGUAAUUUGGACAUUGUUAAUUGUAAAACUGCACACUUUCCGCCAUUGAUUUAUCUUGAAUCUCUCUUAAGCUGUGUCUGUUCUUUAUCUUGGAUGGUGGUUAACUAAACUUAAUAAAAAUUAUACGAGUCUUUAACAUAUUAGCCAAGUUGUUCUAUGAAAAAACGAACUGUAUGGAUAUGGUUCUCACAGAUUUAUUAGUAAAUGCUGUCUGUGUCCCACAUCUAUUACCACAUCACCCUCAAACUUGUAUUUUAAUAUCGCUUAAUACCUUUAUUUGGCAUUUAAUACUGUUUUGAAAAACAGUUCUUGUUCGAUUCUAGUUGGUAUUGAAAAAUAUCUUGAAAAAAUAAUGAUAAAGCUUGUAUGUGUCAAGUCUUAAACUGUAAAAAAUGAAAUCAUUGUGCAUGACUUUCGUGUACCGGUAAUAAAAGUAUCUUCAAAUAAA